UAAGCAUUUCUUUUCUUUUUUGUUCCUAUUGUUUGUUUGUGAGCCAUUUUCUCCAACACCACCACACAUUUUGCCUACCACCCACUGCCACCACCAUAGCCACCGCGGCCGUCGUCGUCCUCCACCAAGACCCACUACCACCACCAUACUUUUUUCCCUCUUUUUUGUUGUUCUAGUUUCUUCAAAGUUGUUGGUUGGAAUCUUUUUGUUGUUUAAGUUUCUUUAGAGUUAGAGAAAACUCUUAUUCAGAUUUGGCUUCUUGUGCAAAAGGACUUGAGGAUCAUGGGCUGAAUCAUUGUUAACUACUCACUUAUUGUGAUAAGUUUGGAAUUUAUAUUUUUGGAAAGUUCUUGAAGGUAUAAAUGAAAAUGAAAGGUUUAGUUAUACGUGACGUUUCGGUAAGGUCGUCACAACAAGCCUCUAAUGAAGAUGUGGAUCAUGAGUCACAACAAGAAAUUGGCCAAUCAUCCACAGUUAAUCCAUCAAAUGCACCAAAUCCAGUUGUGCCGCUUCCAGUACGUGCUACUUGUGGUGCUAGCAAGUACUCAUUCAUUUGGAAUCUCCCUGAAAAUCACAAGAUUGAAUUGCCAUUAACAAGUUCAAAUCAGCCAAUUAAGAAGGCAGGGAGGAACUUCACAGGUUGGUUGGGUACAAUUGCAUGAAAACCCCAUUUGUGCCCAAUUAAGUAUAAGAAUUGGACAAGAAUGCCAGAUGAAUUUAAGGAACAAAUAUGGGAUAUUGUUCAGUCAAAAUGGAUUUUGCCUGAAGAACCUACUAAGUUGGAGGCAAUGAAGAAUAGGACAUUGUCCUUAAUUGCAAAAUCUUGGAAGAACCACAAGUCAGCUUUGAAGAAGAAGUAUUUCCUAGGAAGAGGAAAUAGAGCACGAGUACCACCAAAUGUAAUUUCUGAAGAUUAUGAAGACCUUGUUCAGUAUUGGAGUUUACCAAAAACGAAGGAGCUUGCUUUGAAAAACAAGAACAGUCGUUCUAAGCAAACAAAUAUGCAUACUGGUGGUUCAAAAAACUUUGCUUCAUAUGCAGAAGAAAUGGUAACAACGCUUGGGCAUCCUGUAGAGCGUGCGGAUGUAUAUGUAAAACUCCAUCUUCAUAAAGAUGGUACUCCAGUUAACACCGUAGCAGAAGGCAACAUUGAAAAAAUCAACGAACUGUUGAGUGAGUCCUCAAAUCGUGUGCAAUCAUCUGACCUUACUGGUAGUAUUGCAUGGGCACCAAAUGAUGUAUAUGCUCAAGUGUUUGGUAAUGAGCGCAAUGGUCGUGUUCGAGGUGUGGGAUUUGGCCCAACUCCAAGUAUGCAUCCUGCCAAGAGCACUCCUGCAAUUGCUCAAGUAAGAAGCCAAGAAAGGGAUGCUAAAGUGACUCAGUUGAAGAAUCAAGUGGCUUCUUUGACGGAGAAAGUGAAUCGUUAUGAAAACUUGGAGGAGCAAAUGACCCAAUUGAUGCAACUAGUGCAAAAUCAGCAAAAUCAUUUUUCAGAAGCUAGUCGGGGUGGUUUCGGUUUAGAUCAUCAAUCUCCAACUCCUUACAGGUCAUAGGCUUCAUCCCAUCAAGAAACUAGCAUAUAGCGGUACAUGCAAUGUUUUAAGGACUCCAUGGGCUACUACAUAGUUAUUUUGAACAACCACAAUUAUUUUGGAACUAUUGUACUUUGUUUAUAAUAUUAUCAUAGUUUGGGUGGUGGUUCUUUUUUGGUAUAGGUAGACAAGUGUUUUGUUACAACCACAUUUAUUUUGGAAGUAUUGUACUUUGUUUAAUAUUGUCAUAGUUUAGGUGGUUGUUUUUAUAUGUAGGUAGACAAGUAUUUUGUUCAA